UUCUCUCCUGUGAUGCUGGGCUCUCCAUCCAACCACACGUUACCAAAUGCUGCUACUUUCAUCCUUGUGGGUGUCCCAGGAUUGGAGGCAGUCCACCUUUGGCUGGCAGUUCCACUGACUGUCAUGUAUACUGUGGCCCUCCUAGGGAACAGCCUUAUCCUGACUGUGAUCUGGGCAGACCCAGGUCUGCAUGAGCCCAUGUACUAUUUCCUAUGUGUCUUGGCUGCUGUGGACAUUAUCAUGUCAACCUCUGUGGCCCCCAAAAUGCUGACUAUUUUCUUUUCAGGCAAUGGUAACAUUGGCUUUUCUGCCUGCUUCAUUCAGAUGUACAUUGUCCAUGCAGCAACUGCUGUGGAGACAGGGUUACUUCUAUCAAUGGCUUUUGAUCGCUUUGUGGCCAUCUGCAAACCUUUGCACUACCAGACCAUCCUUACUCCACGAACAAUGCUGGGCAUUGGUGUGGCCAUUAUAGUGAGGGCAAUAAUGGUCAUGACGCCACUGAGCUGGCUGGUAGUCCAUCUGCCAUACUGCAGUUCCCAUGUAAUCCUCCAUUCCUACUGUGAGCACAUGGCUGUAGCCAAAUUAGCAUGUGCUGAUCCUAUGCCCAGCAGUCUUUAUAGCUUGAUUGCCUCCUUUAUCAUUGUAGGCUUGGAUGUCACUUUUAUAGCUACUUCCUACAGUCUAAUCCUCCGGGCUGUGUUCAAUCUGUCCUCCCAGGAUGCUCGUUUCAAGGCACUCAGUACAUGUGGUUCCCAUGUAAGUGUCAUGGUCCUUUACUAUCUACCUGCUAUGGUAUCCAUCUACAUGGCUUGGUUGGGGGAAGAUAUGGUGCCCCUGCAUGCUCAGGUACUACUGGCUGAUCUUUAUCUGGUUAUCCCUCCUAUGCUGAAUCCUGUCAUCUAUGGCCUGAAAACAAAGAGGAUCCGAGAGCGAGUAUGGAAUGCAGUGACCAUCACCCUCAUAGAUUCCAAUUGCCUGAAUCCAAAAAAAGAAAAAAGACCUAAGCAGGUGUUUGCCAUAGGACAUACUGGAUCCACAUCAGGGGCAAAGGUGGAAGAGUAA